AUCUCCAAAAUCUCUUCCAAAAGAAUCAGAAUUUAGAAACUCCCCAGAGACAUCCCAAAUCCAAGACAUUCUCUCUCUCUCUCUCUCUCUCUGUCUUCUAUUAUUCAAAUUUUCUGCCCAUUUGAUGCUUUUUUAAAAAUGGCUUCUCUCAGUUUGUUCUUCUUCAUCUUCUUCUUAUUCACUGGAUUAUUAUCUCAUUCACCGUUUCUUUUUGUUACAGGCUCUGGCUUCAGAGGUCUCAAUUCGGUGCUCGACACUAGCAAUAAUAAUGCUUCUACAAACUCCACACAACACCAUCACAAGUGGAUUGGACCCGUCGGGAAUCGCAUACUCUCCGUCGACGUGAAUGGCUCCGGCGACUUCACGUCCCUUCAAGCCGCGGUGGAUGCAGUUCCGGAGAACAAUACAGUCAAUGUCACCAUUCGUAUCAGCCCGGGAUAUUACAUAGAGAAGGUGGUGGUACCGGCGACAAAGCCGUACAUAACAUUUCAAGGAGCGGGAAGAGAUGUGACGGUGAUAGAAUGGCAUGACAGGGCCAGUGACCGUGGACCCAAUGGCCAGCAACUGCGUACUUACAGAACAGCUUCCGUGACUGUCCUUGCAAACUAUUUCACAGCAAGAAAUAUCAGCUUCAAGAACACUGCUCCAGCUCCGAUGCCCGGAAUGAAAGGAUGGCAAGCAGCGGCAUUUAGGAUAUCAGGGGACAAGGCAUAUUUCUCCGGCUGUGGAUUUUAUGGAGCUCAAGAUACUCUUCUAGACGACGCUGGCCGCCAUUACUUCAAGGAGUGUUAUAUUGAGGGCUCUAUAGACUUCAUCUUUGGAAAUGGCCGCUCUAUGUACAAAGACUGCGAGUUGCACUCCAUAGCUACGAAGUUCGGCUCCAUAGCAGCCCAAUACAGAAGCUCACCGUUUGAGAAAACAGGCUUCGCUUUUGUAAACUGCAGAGUCACGGGUACAGGGCCAGUAUAUGUGGGCCGUGGAAUGGGCAAAUACGCCAGAAUUGUGUAUUCCUAUACUUACUUUGAUGAUGUAGUCGCACACGGUGGCUGGGACGAUUGGGACAACUCCAAUGACGACGCAAACAAGACUACGCUUUUAGGAUUCUAUAAGUGCUCGGGACCGGGAGUUGCAGAACUAAAAGGAGUGUCAGGAGCCAGAGAGCUUGAUUAUGAUACGGCUCAUCGUUUCCUGGUCAAAAGUUUUGUGAAUGGGAGGCACUGGAUCACACCCUCAGAUGCUUAGUUAUGAGUAAAAUUAGACCAAAAAAAGAAAAAAAGAAAAAACACCUAUACCUUUAAAUGUAUCAAACAAUAACGUUAGUCAUAGAAAUACUUUUAGACUGUUGCUCCUAAGGGUAAAGGCCUGUCAUUCUUUUAUUGCUCAAGUUAGAGAUUUUUUGUUCAUUUAUCUUCUCCAAAUUCUUUCAUUCAAUCUUUUAGCUAGUGCUUUUACUUAUGUAUGAAUCAAUAAUGAGUUAUAGUUGUAUGAUUGUAAUUUCAUGUCCUAUUGGUAUAUUUGUGCUUGAUUGUAUCAGUUAUCAGUUAUCAAUAUAGUUGAAAUUUUUCACACCAAAAUGAAUUUGUGUGAAAAAAUAGAAUGCAUGGGAAUGAAAAAAAGAGACUUUGGUUGAA